UUUUUUUUUUUUACACUUAACACAACUCAUUAUAUAAUAAUUAAUAUAAAUUAUUAUUUAUUUCAUGUAUUUAUUAAUAAUAAAAAGUAAUACUAAGAACAAAUUUGUUUAAGAAAUAUUUUUAUACAUAAUACAUAAUUGAAAUAAUAUUUAUAUCUAUGAACUUGAAAAAUAACCAUAUUAAAAUAGAUAAUUUUUUUAAAUUAAUUAAUCAUUAUAAAUUUCAAAAAUCAUGACAAUUAAAAAUUUAUUAUAAUAAUGAUCACAUACAGAUUAAAAAGUCUAAAUCUGAUAUAAUAUAAUUUAUUAAAAAAUAUAUUUGAAUAGUAAUUUUUGACAGUUAAAAACAUAAAAUAAUUUAAUAACGUAUUAAAUAAUUUAUGAAAUAUAAUUUUUUAAAGAUAAAACUUAUUCAAUAUUUAUUUUAAAGUAUUUUCAAGUUAUAUUGUACAUUAUAUAUUCAAUACUGUAUACUCUAUAUGUAUUUAAUUAUAAAUAAUUAUAAUAAAAUAGAAAUUUUACAUUUAUGCUGAAUUAUUAUUAUUUAUUAUAUACAAAAUAUAAAAAUUAUUUUAAAAAAUAUAAUAUUAAAAAUUGCAUAUAAAUAAAUAAAUGGUUUUAUUUAAAUGUGUAUACAAAAUCUUUGUUUUACAGAUUGGCAAUACUGUUCUUAAGAUUGACAAGAAAGGAAGCAAACAAGGAAGCAACAAAAGGAACCUGUUGUGCACAGAAGGCAGUGGAAUGAAGGUACGCCGCGAAUACGAAUGCCAUAAUGAACACCAAAACAAACUAUGAAUAUGCUUCUAAUUCAUAUAACGAAGGUAUGGGAAAUGAUAGCCCAGCUGCAUUAUUAGAUAUGCUCGCAGAAGUUGCAUCUCAAACAUUACAUUCAGAAAAAAAACGUAGUAAAUCAUUAGUAUCAUCUCAAUGCAAAUCAAAACCAGAUUACAUAAAAAGAAAAAAUCAUGAAUUAUCUUUUAAUGUGCCACAGCUUUUAUCUAUGCCUGCAUCACAAUUAGUUAAACAAUUUUCUAUUUUCACAAGUGAUGAAUUGAAAAGACAAUAUUCAUAUACAUGUGCUCUUGUUGUUGGGUGUGGACAAAAAUAUACUAGUUUUGCAAGUGAAGGUAGAGCAAGAAUGUCUAUUAAAGCACAUUUAGCAGAACAUUUAGAAUAUUUAAAAACUAAUAAAGAAGCUUAUAAAAACUUUACUGCAAGAUCAGUAAGUUAUAAAAAUUACAAAACAAAUCCUCAAAACAAGAAAAACAGGUUACAACAAUCACGAAAACCACAAGAAACAUUGAAUAAGGAGAAUAAGAAUAUUAUUACAGAAAAAUCAACUAAUUAUUUAAGAAAUAUUCUAUUAAAUGAUUCUACUUUUAAAGAAUUAGAUAAAAAUAAAAAUGUUGAAAAAGUGGAAAAUUCUAAAAGAGUAAAUAAUCCUGAACAAAAAGAUACAGAAAAAAUAGAUUUUAAAGUUUUUGGAGAUCAUAGUUAUUUUGAACGUUUAAAAGAUGAAAUUCCUAACAAGAAAGAAACAUCACUUUUUAAUAAUUCUCUUGAAAAUACAACAGAUGAAAAUAUUGUAUUUAUGAUUGUUGGUACUGAUAAUGUUCAUAUGAAAGAAUAUCCAUGUAUUAAUAAAAGAUUCUCAGAAAAAAUUAAUCAAAAAUCUGAAACUAUUUAUUUACCAGAAAUAUCAUGGUCAUCUGAAAAUGAUAACAAAGGCACAGAGAUUAUAACUAGUAAACCUAAAGGAAAAGCAAAAUUUAUAGGCACUAGUAAAGAAGAAAGAGAAAUGGCAUUAGCUUUUAUGGAUCGUAUCAAAAAAAAAGGAAAUCCAACUGGAAAUAAUCUCGAAUGUCGGAUUUGUAAUCCUCCUCGAAGUUUUACAGCACCUACAACUUUAGUAUCUCAUUAUCGUAGUCAUGCUGGAAUAAAGCCAUAUGAAUGUCGUAUCUGUAGAGCAGUUUUUACAAGAAGACAUAGUUUAAAAUAUCACAUGUUAAUUCAUCAAAAUCAAACGCGAUUUACAUGCGCAGAUUGUGGAAAGAAAUUUAGACACCCAUCACACUUUAGAGAACACCGACGUAGACAUACUGGAGAAGCACCAUUUGGAUGUGAUGAUUGUGGACAACGAUUUAAAACAAGAAAUACUUACAAACGUCAUUUAAAAACAAGACAUGGAAAAGUUUUAACAACAACCGGAGAGUUGUUAUAUCUUUCAGAAGAAGAUUUUCAAAAAGUUCGAACUAAUAGAAAAAAAAAAAAUAUAAAUAAAGAUCAAAUAAUAAAUGAGGAUAUAAUUACAACAAAAAUCAUGCAUUGUCAAAAUAACAAUAAUCAACUGCAAGAUAUUGCAAAUGAAGAAUAUAGUAUAAAUAAUGAUACUAUUAUUAGCGAUAAGAAUUGGAAAUCGAGUGAUACAAUACAAAUUAUUAAAAAUUGUUUUGAAACUUAUGAGGUUUGUUCAGAACCUCAUUUAAAUAAGACUGAAUCUAUAGAGACUGAAUUAUCUAUAAAAAAUAGAGUUUUUAAUAAAGACGAAAAUGGUUUACCAGAUGAAUAUACAAAUAAAGUACAAGAUAAAUUAUCACAAGUGCAAAGUACUUCUUAUAUUAAAUUAGAGAUAAUUAAAGAUGGAAGCAAUCAAAUUAUAUAUCAUGAUAAUAUUGAAUCAGAUCAACCUGAAAUAAUUUAUCACAAUAUAGAUGAAACACCAUCAUAUAUUAAAUUAGAAUAUAACAAUUUAGUUAAUGAUAUACAAAAUGAGAACAGUUUAGAAUUUCAAAAAAAAUUUAAAUUUUCAGAACAUCAAAUUAAAAAUCCCAUACAUAUAAUUAAUGAAAAUUAUUAUGAUAAUGAAUCUAACUUUGUAAGUGAACAACAAAUGAAAUUAAUACAAGUAAAUACACAUAUUAAAACAAAAAACAAAGAUAGCAAUAAACACAUAGUUCUUACUCAAGAAGAUAUAAAAUGUGAGAAAGAAAAUAAUGAUAUUAUGACUCUUAAUUGCAAAUCUUUUCCUGAAAUGGAAAACCAUGAGAGUAUUGUAUCGGAAGACUUCAUAAAUUUAAAUAAUUUGCAAGAAAUUAAUCAAGUUACCGAUAAUACGAUAUCAAUAAUUACAGAUAGUUUAAUAAAACAAAAUGGAGAUUAUUUAUUACAAGAAAAUAAAAAAUUAAAUAACUAUCAAGCAGUUAUAUCAAAUUUAAUAAAGAAUCGAAUGAUUACAUCUUCGAAUUAUUCUUUUGAAAAAGAUAAAAAAUUUUUUAACCAAGCUGAACAACAUUUAUAUAUUCAUAAUGAACCUUUAACUAGUAUAAUAGUUCAAAAUAAAUGCAUAAAUAUAUUUCCACAAAUUCAAUCAAAAAUACAAUUAAAUAAAAGUAAAAAAUUUACAUUUUUAAAUAAACAUAUGCAAGGCAUUAAGGAAAAUGAAAAUCAAAAUACAAUUUUAUUAUUAGCUAAUAAUACAUUACAAAACAAUAUUUUUAAAAUUGAUCAAAACAACACUGCCGAUAACGAAAUUAAAAAACAAAUAUUUGAUGAAAAUUUUGUACUACUUAAAACUUAAUAUUGCAAAUGUAAAAAGAUCUGUAUAAUAUCUUUUUCUAAUGAUGAAGUACAACUAAAAUCUUCUAACGAAAAUAUAUUUUAAUACAUAUAUUUACUAUUAUAAUUAUAAAAAUAUUUUCAAAAAAAUAUUAAAAUAUAAAAGUUAAAAUAAAUAUUUAAAAAUAAAAAUAUAAAUGUUUAAAAUAGAUGAACAAAAUAAAAGCAUUUAUUGUAUCUCCAUAGAAAUAUGUAUACAAAUAAAAUUGAUUAAAUAUUGUAUAAAAUAUAAAAAUGAAGAGUUAAGAAAUUAUUUUCACAAAAAAUAUAUUGUGAGAUAUAAUGUGCCUUGUAUGUACUAUAAAGUUAAAUAUUAAUAGUAUAAAAUAAAUACAAAAUAAUAAACAAAAUAAACACUAAUUAUAUAAAAAAAUAUUCAUAUGUUUAUACUAAUUUUUUAUUAUCAUUUGUAAUAAACAUUAAUAUGAAAAAAAAUAAUUUUAGUUAUAUAUUGUAUUUUUAUAUUCAUUUUGUACUUAAAAUAAUAAAAUGUUUAAAAAUUAUUUGAUAAUGUAAUUAUGAACAAUUUUUCAAAAUAUUUUGUAUAAUAGUGUGGAAUUUCUAAUGUUUUAUAGCUUUGAAUAUUUUCGUAAUUCCCAACUUUUUAUAUCUAUAGAGACUUGACAACAGCAAUAAAGAAAGAACAGUAAAAUGAAUUUACUGUACCAUGUAUCUGUAAACAAAAAUUGUAUAAAAAUUUAAAAUAAAUGUUUUUAAACUUCAUAAAAAAA